AGGGACAGAAGGGCGGACCGGCGAUCCCGUCGCGGAGAACGUACCAUAGAGUGCGCGGGGGGCGGUCCUCCGGGCAGCAGCGCUCCGCCCCCAUCCGGGCGCUGCGUGGAGUGAGGAGCUGUGCCAGCAUCCCAGUGGGUGGCAGUGGGAGCAGCCGCCGUGUUCCACCCCGCUGAGGGCAGAGGGACAAAUCCCACCUCCACUCCUGCCUCGGCCCUCCCUCGGCCGCAGGAAGGCGGGUGCAUGGAGGAUGGCUUUUCCAGGCUGUGCAACAGAGAGCCACACAUUGAAGCUGAGCGCAACCACUGCUGCGGUGCUGCAACUGGGACAACACGACCAGGAGCUGCAGUUCUGCAGUUUGGGAUUCCCUCCAGGGCGGUGACCUCAGGGGUGGCUGCUGGUGAGGUCCCGUCCCAGCUGCAAGAGGGGCAGUGAGGAUGGAGCCGGGCGCAUGCUCCCUGGAGCCGUGCUACCCAAAGAAUGGCAGCACCCCCCUCAACGCCACGUCCGAUAGUGCCAGCGACCUCCUGGCCACCUCCUUCCUAGGCUGCAUCCUGGGCACCAUGUGCGUGGUGGGCACGGCGGGGAACAUCUACACGCUGGUGGUCACCACCGUCUCCAUGAGGCGCAGCGGCUCCAUGUACAUUUACAUCAUCAACUUGGCCCUGGCCGACCUCCUCUACCUGUCCACCAUCCCUUUCGUGGUGUGCACCUACUUCGUGCGGGAUUGGUACUUCGGAGACCUGGGCUGCAGGAUCCUCUUCAGCCUCGACCUCCUCACCAUGCACGCCAGCAUCUUCAUCCUGACCAUCAUGAGCACUGAGCGCUACCUGGCCGUUGCCCGCCCUCUGGCCACGCUGCGUGGAUCAAGGGACCGUCGGCGGGCGCUCGCCUUCCUGGCAUGGCUGGUGGCCUUCCUCCUUGCCCUGCCCAGCAUGAUCCUCAUCGACCUGCGCACCAGCCACCGCCACGGGGUGACCAAGCGUAUGUGCCACCCCACGUGGCGGAUGGGGCCUUACAAGGUGUACCUCACUGUCCUCUUCAACACCUGCAUCCUUGCCCCGGGCGUCACCAUCUGCUGCGUGUACGCCAAGCUGGCCAGGACCUACUGGAGGUCCCAAAGGGCUCUUGUUGCUCACGCCAAGCACGCCAGCCACUGUCCCAAGCAGAAGGUGCUGUACAUGAUCUUCAGCAUCGUGCUCGCCUACUGGGCUUGCUUUGUUCCCUUCUGGCUGUGGCAGCUCUUCAGCCUCUACUGGCACGAGCGUGGGGAGCGGGGCAGCUCCACCGUCGUCCCCAUCAACUUCCUGGUGACCUGCUUGGCCUACAGCAACAGCUGCGUCAACCCCUUCCUCUACACACUGCUCUCCAAGAACUACAGUCUGAUCCAAGACGCGUGUGUGCACAAGGUGGAACGUGGAAUGACUGAACGAACACCGGACUUCAUGUUAUUCUUUGGGCAAGUUUUGAGGAGGAGCAACCAGUUCAAGUGCUGGCAGACCAAGUGGGAAUGAACACACUCACAGAUUCAGACAGCUGAGGUUAUACGAACAGCCUCCAAGAGCUCAUAGAGUCAACAGCUUGAGCCACGCAAACUCUUGUUUGCGUUUCAUCCUUCCCUGGCCUUGAAACCAGCCACUGGAAGAAGAAAUCAUCGCUUAAAACCCAUACUGCCUUGCUUCUUUAUUUCCUCCACCCAUCCACCAUCCAUCCAUCCAGCUUUAAGGCCUGCCUCAAACGCGUGUACAGAACAACACAAAAAGAAGGUCUUUAUCAUCACUGAAGUGGCACGAAGUUGCGAAGACAACACGAUGGGAGAGGUGGUGAAGCUGCAUAAAGAAGAACUAAAACAAUUACAAAGACGGUGCCCUAUUCUCAUUACUGUCAGCAAGGAGGAGGUACCUUGACGAGGGCUUUUAAACACAGCAAACAACAAUCCUUGCCUAUUCUUAUUCUGUGCAUUCCAUAAAACACUGACCUAGGAAAGACAUUAGGAACUAUCAUAUGUCAACUGUGUCGCUGACAUAAAGCUACUUGACCUACAGGUUUCCAAAUCAAGGGCCUUUACCUGCACCUCACUUGGUUUUUACCAAGCCAGUUUUAGAGCUUGCGUGAUGGGAUUUCUGUUAGCGGUGGGCUUCAGCAUCUGUUUUUUCAACUCUUUUAGUGAAAAAUCCACAUGAGACUCCAUGCAAAGCUUUUGGGCAAUAAUCCACGUUGUGUUUUUCCUAUCUGACUGGUUUAUUGCACAUCCAAAUGUACUGAAAGGAUUAAAUACACUCUAUGGACAGGUACGACUUCACAGCCAUUUUGAAAAGCCAGGGCCACGGGGAUUCUGCUGCUCAGCCCAAGACUGCACAGACGUUCAUCUACAGACACUUCUACUUCCCUUCUCUUCUGCAGAACACACACAGAAUUUCACUCGUGUCCCAGCAAUCAGUACUGCAGAAACUGGUCCCGAUUUGCAACAAGAACACGGGUGUAAACAUCCUCUGUCCUGUAGAGUCUCGCUGGAUGAGCGCCCGGAGCGACCCUGUGCAAAUGUCACACUACAAAACAACUUCACACCUCCAAUGCAAUCCUCACUCCCACCCACAAAUCACAAGAAUGAUGGUGAAUGGAAACAAACAAACAAAACUGAGAACGAUGCCAGAAUUUUUGACGGGUGCCUACUUUCUGUCCUAGCACAGUUUAAAGCUAUUAUCAAAUUCAAUUUUAAAAAGACAAAAUAGAAGUAUUCCAGUAGACAUCUUCUAAGAACAAUCUCUUACCCACAGCUGAAUUUCAACGCACUAUUCCAUAAACAAAAACAUCUGUUAAAUGUUUCAGUAAUGAAUUUCUCUAAAAAUCAGGCUUGCCAAAGAAAAAAAAAAAAUCCUAUACAAGCAAGCCUGCUUUAGUGAAG